ACACGUUUCAUGAUAAACACGGAAAGAACCGUUUGAUAAAAGUUUAGAUUGAAGUCGAAUUGACCUCCAUCUGAUAGGCCUUUUUUUGUGCUGGCAAACACGCUUCAUGUUUAGCCCUAGUGCUCAAAUACGAUAAAGUGUCUGAUUUUCUUAGAAGUUGAAAGAACAUCCAACAUGGCAUCGGUGGAAGAAGACUUCCCUCGAGGAGGGACGGCAAAGAAGCCCACUGAGAGUAAAAUAGUGGUGCAGCGGACAGAAGUGGACAACUUAUUCCAGUCAAACGAACCAGCCACAACUAAGAAAAGAAAAGGGGCAGGCAAAGAUGCCGACAAGAAGCUCAAGAAGCCAAAGACGGGCAAAGGAGAUGGUCUGACACUGAAUGCAGCAGCCAAGUGUGUGGAAAUUCUACACAUCAAGAAUUUGAAGGAGGGUAUCCUGAUGCUGGGCUGUGUGAAGGAGGUAACUGACUUUGAGGUGACAGUCGGCCUGCCCUGUGGCAUGCAAGGCUACCUCAGCAUCAUGAACAUAUGUGACUCCUACACCAAGCUGCUUAGCGAGCAACUGGAUUCAGCUGAUACAGAGGACAUCUGCUCUCUACAACAUCUCUUCUCCCCUGGCAUGGUGUUACGGUGUGUGGUUGCCAAGUUGGAUGUCGCCAAAAGAGGCUCCAUUAGCAUCCAGCUGUCAAUCAAUCCAAAGCUGGUCAACAAGGCUAUCACCUCUAUCUCUAUGAAAGCUGGCAUGGUCUUGAGUGGGUGUGUGGAGAGUGUGGAGGAUCAUGGCUACAUAGUUGACAUUGGCCUCAGUGGAACCAAAGCCUUCCUGCCUAAGAAAGCAGUGAAAGACCAACACAAAAACCCAGAAGAGCUGAAAGUGGGUCAGUAUUUGACUUCUCAAGUGGAAGAAGUAAAGAACGAUGGGCGUCUGGCCCGCCUUUCUGUCAGCCCGCCGACCGCCGCCCAGGCCUGUGCUGAAGCCGAGCAGGGCUGGAACCUCACCAACCUAAUGCCUGGCCUUCUCGUCAAAGCUACGAUCAAAAAGGUGACCAAACAUGGUCUGAUCCUGGACUUCCUGUCCUCCUUUAGUGGCCAGGUGGACGUUCUCCACAUGGAGCCAGAUCAGACAUCCAACUACACCGAGGGAUCUGAGGUGCGAGCCUGUGUGCUGUAUGUGGAGCCGUCCGCCCGUCUGGUGGGCCUGAGCCUGCGCAGCUACCUCGUUCAGCGUGGGACAAGUAUUGACCAAGCUCCUGCUGGAGGUGACCGCAUUGGGGAGGUGGUGAAGGGCUGCAAGAUAAUCGCUAUGCACCACAUGUCUGGAGCCAUGGUGGAAAUGCCAGACACAACAAUGGCCUUUGUACAUAGGAACCACCUGAAGGAGUCUAAUACGCCAGCUAAUGAAAACAGAAUGCUGGCUAUGACUGAGCACACCAUCAGGAUACUGGACUUCAGCGCCAUGGAGCAAAUUUAUUUUGUUAGUCUGCGGAAGAGUGUGAUUGCCAGGCGUUUUUUUAGAUAUCACGAUCUUGAGGCCGGUCAGGUUGUAGAGGGGACAGUGUCAGUCCUGUUUGAUCACGGCAUGAUCGUGCAUCUGUCUGACCACAUCAAAGGCAUGGUGCCCCGGACACACCUGUCUGACAUCCUCCUCAAGAACCCAGAGAAGAAGUACGUCGAGGGCAUGAAGAUCAAAUGUCGGGUGCUGUCAGUAGAUGCACAGAAUAAGAAGCUGUACCUGACCAGAAAGAAGGCUCUGGUUGAAAGCUCCCUGCCAUUGUUCCUUAGCUUUACCGAUGCCCGUCCUGGUCGUGUGUCCCACGGCUACAUUGUCUGCAUCAAAGAGUUUGGCUGCAUUGUUCGUUUCUACAACAGUGUCAAAGGUUUGGUGCCGCUCAACCAGCUCAGCUCUGAGCCAAUCAUCAGUCCCGAGGAGGUCUUCUACGUGGGGCAGGUGUUAAAGGCUAAAGUUCUUAAGUGUGAGCCCGAUAAGGCAAAGAUGUUGCUGUCAUUUAAGGCCGCGGUGGAGGGAGACACAGACGAAGCUGCCAUGCCCCAGUUGAACUGUGAGGUGGGAACGAGGCUGGAGGCUAAAGUGCUGAAAAAGUCAGUCAGUGGUCUGGAGGUGGCCAUCCUCCCUGAUGAGAUCCAUGCCGUACUACCCACAAUGCACCUUUCUGAUCACAUAUCUAACUGCUCUCUGCUGUGGGAGAGUUUGCAGGAGGGAGACAACAUCUCAAACCUCAUCUGCUUCGGCAAGAACAAAAAGAAUAUUACCAUCACCAAGAAACCAACGGUGAGAUGGUCGCUGGAGGAAGGAGUGGUUGCCAAAGACUUCUCUGAAGUCACAGUUGGAAUGCAGCUGAUUGGCUGGAUCAAGAACAUCAUGUCUUAUGGCGUUUUUGUAGAAUUUCCAUACGGCCUUGUUGGUCUUGCACCCACGUCUGUCAUGACAGACAAGUUCCUCCACGAUGCAACGACUGCCUUCCAGCUGGGCCAGACAGUGUUUGCUAAAGUGAGCAACCUGGAUGUAGAAAAACGGCGUUUCCUGGUCACGCUGAAGAUUUCAGAGGUCAUAUCUCCAGAGGGUGAUGCCCAGACGAGACUCAUUAAUGGCCUGAAGGAAAGAAAAGCUGUGACUGAAAUGUUAGCUAUGAGAGAGAACAGUGAUCCUCGCCAGCAGCUGGCUGCUCUGUCUGUUGGUCAGAAGCUGAAGUUGACUGUAGAUACUGCGAAGGACAGCAGUGCCACCUUCAAGUCUGAUGAUUUGGCUGGUGCUACCAUAAUGGCCACCAAGCACCAUGUCAAGGGUGUUAAUUUGUCUUCGGGUCAGAAAGUUACUGCGGUCGUCCUCCAUGUUGACAUCCUGUCAACCUGCGUCUAUGUGUCCAUCCGACCCAAUCUGUUGGCCAAGAAGAAAUCUUUGGCUGAAGGAUCAAAGUGCACAGCAAUCGUGCAGUGCAUCGACAAAGACUUUGCCAUCAUCUCACUGGGUGACACGGCACAGCUGACUGUGAUCCAAACGAGCAACCACCUGAAUGAGACAUUUCAGUCCGAGUCAGACAAGCUGAUGGCGGGGAUGAGUUUGGCCGUCGAGGUCAUAGAACCAAGCUGCCAGGAACUGCAGGGGCUCGCCCUCGUGUCGUGGAAGCGCACUUCACGCGCAACCUCAGAAAAUCAGAAGGGUCACCGCUUUGGGGACAUUGUGCGGGGUAUAGUGCGCUCAGUGAAGCCCGCCUGCAUUCAGGUCACUCUCGAGGAUGGAAGUACGGGGAGCGUGCAUGUUUCUGAGGUGGUGGAGCUUGCAGAAGUGUGUCGGGGGUCCUUCCCCACAUCCAAGGUUAAAGUGGGCAGUGCGGUCACCGCCAGGGUCAUCGGAGGGCGCGAAGCCUCCAGCCACAGAUUCUUGCCCUUCUCCCAUCCCAGAUUUACAUACACCAUCCCUGAGCUCACACUUGUACCCAGCAAAUUGGAUCAGAGUACAGAUUUAGUUCCAGCAGUUCCAGCAAAAGAGAGACUAGACGCCUAUACGGUGGGGGAGGAAAUUACAUGCUUUGUAUCAAAGUUUAAUCCAGAGAAGAAGACUUUGAAGGUCACCAUAGAUCCUUGUAUUACUGGGACAGUUGACCUGCUGGCCACGAUCACCGAUCCAAGAAAUGCAAGCCACCCCGAGAGGCUGUUUAAGCUCGGCCAAGCAGUCCUUGCCAAAGUGAUAGAAGUGAACUCCAAACCUCAACGUUUCAUGCUGUCACUCACAGGUGUUCAUAAGCUGGAGAAAGACAGCGUGGCUUUGGGGAUGGUGACUAAAAUUAUCCCACAAGUUGGCCUUCUGGUCAAACUUCCCUUUGGCAACAUGGGAACAGUUGCUGUCACUGAGCUGGCUGAUGCCUACAAGCCAAACCCAUUGGCUGCGUACAGCAAGGAUCAACUGUUGAGGUGUUUCCUCCUUGGGGAUACAAAUGGCAAGUGGCAGUUGUCUCUACGUCCAUCAAGGCUGAACCCACAGCAGACCAAGCCAGUGAAGGACCCAGAAGUUUUGUCUGUAGACAACCUGAAGGCAGGCCAGAUCAUCAGAGGCUACAUCAAGUCUGUGGGAGAGCAUGGGGUCUUCAUCAGGUUGUCAUGGAACAUCACGGGAAGAGCCCAACUUCAGCACUGCACCAAGUACUUUGUCAACAGCUACACGGUCCUCUCCAAGCACCUGACUCCCAACACCCUGCUCACGACCAAGAUCCACAGUAUUGACAAAAAGGAGGAGUUGGUCCACCUCUCUCUGCUCCCCGGGGACACUGGGAAGGCAGACGUCCUCCCAGAGUCUCUCGGUCUGCCGCUGCGUUUGAUCGGAGAGGAGAAGAAGGAAUAUGACUCGAAGAAGAAGAAGAAACGCACAGCGUCUGAGAGUGAGCAGUCCCAGGUCUCAAACAAGAAGAAGAAAACAAAGAAAUCAGAGGCCGAUGACAAUGACAGCGGAGUGGAAGUGUACUUCAGAGAAGAGGAGGAUAAGAAAGAGGAAGAAGCACCCAAAUCUGGUUCUGUAAAACAGGUGACUCCCAGCUCGGGUCCAUCCAGACUGCAGGUGGCAGCAGGUUUCUCCUGGGACGUGCAUCUGAGCUCCCUGAAGCCUGCCUCUGCAGCGCAGGAGGGCGACUCCAGUGAUGGAGAGGACCAAGAUGGAAGCAGCAAGCCCCAGAAAAGGUCUCGUCAUGAGCUUCAGCAAGAGCAAAAGGCAGCAGAGAAGGCCCUGGUACAGCGGGAGACUGAGCUGAUGGAUCCGAGCCUGCGGCCUCAAGAUGCCGGCGCCUUCGAGCGCCUGCUCCUCGCUUCACCCAACAGCUCACUGCUCUGGCUGCAGUAUAUGGCUCACCAUCUACAGGCCACCCAAAUCGAGCAGGCCCGUGCUGUGGCAGAGAGGGCCCUAAAAACUAUCUCCUUUAGGGAGGAGCAGGAGAAGCUGAAUGUGUGGGUGGCCCUGCUUAACCUGGAGAACAUGUACGGCACAGAGGAGAGCCUGAAAAAAGUGUUUGAGCGAGCGCUGCAGUUCUGUGAGCCCAUGCUUGUGUACCAGCAGCUGGCUGACAUCUACGCAAAGUCCGACAAGGCUAAGGCGGCAGAGGGCCUGUAUAAGACCAUGGUGAAGCGUUUCCGUCAGAAUAAGGCCGUGUGGCUGAGCUACGGGACCUUCCUGCUCCAGCAGGGCCAGAGUGACAGUGCCAGUGUUCUCCUGCAGAGGGCGCUGAAGAGUCUGCCCUCCAAAGAAAGUGUGGAUGUGAUCGCCAAGUUCGCGCAGCUGGAGUUCCGUUAUGGUGAUUCAGAGAAAGGUCGCACCAUGUUUGACAAAGUCCUGACGAGCUACCCGAAACGCACAGACCUCUGGUCCGUCUUCAUCGACAUCAUGGUCAAACGUGGGUCACAGAAGGAAGUCAGGGCGCUGUUUGAUCGGGUGAUCCACCUGAGCGUUUCAGUGAAAAAGAUCAAGUUCUUCUUCAAGCGCUAUUUAGAGUACGAGAAGAAGCACGGCACGCCGGAGAGCAUCCAGGCAGUCAAAGAGAAGGCCAUGGAGUUUGUGGAAGCUAAAGGCACAGAGGCCGCCAACUAACGACUAAAUGCACACAUUGUGUGUGUGUGUGUGUGUGUGUGUGUGUGUGUGUGGACUGCAGUUUGCUGAACCCGGUCUGAGCCUCACACCUGUUCACAAAAAAGCUUGUGGCUCCAGGUGCUCAUACAGGUUCCUCCUCAAAAUAAUAAACUUCUUAGAUUGUACUUUAGCUUUUAUAAUUUUUUUUUAUUGUUGUGGACCCUAAAAGUCAAACAUUUGUAAAGUGGUUGGAAAAAUCUGUUCAAAGAAACUGGUAUUUGACAUGUCAUUAUAGUUACUGUUGAACGAGCUAUAAAGAGAAUAACUUGUGUAAUAACUAAUGAAUUUACUGCAUUUUCAUUCCAACACUUGUGGGAGCAUUUUGUAUUAAUCCGGCAAGCCUUUCAAUAAAUCCAACACCAUUACAAUA